GGUCACCUCAUAAUUCAUGUAAGUCUCCGCAGACUAGGAAUGUACUGUGUCUAAUGCAGAUCACAGGACGCUGAUGAGCUAAGCGAUUCCUGGUCAACAAUUUCUGAUGAGGACAGUGCUUUCGACUGCUUAUCGGAUGUCGGCGACGACUGGUACGAUACGGCGGAGGCUAGCAUCUUGUCCCUGUCCAGCGAUCUUGACGAGACAAAUUCGGGAGCGUACCAUUCGCAGAUUGUUUCCACAGAUAACGAGCACCAGCGAAACUCGGCGUCGUCGCAUGGAGCGCCGUGCAUCGUCUUUGACACGAUGGCCUUUUCUGGCACCGCGACCGAGCCCGCUGCGGACUCAGGCAGAUCUCAAAAACUCCGUCAUAAUGCGAUCGCGGAAGAGGUGGUGGUAAUCACACCACCGAAUCUUACACAACAGCGACGUUUGACACAAGAUUACCCUCCAGAGGUAAACGAGGAGACAAAUGUGCAGCUCAGCGCGAGCCUUGACUUUUCCAAGCUUCGUGACCCAGACGAAGCCGAAGCUUAUUUCCGCAAGCUUCCAUCGAACCAUCAGUGGAGUCUCGUCCACAGGCUGGUGUCGUCCGCUGUCAUCACCGCAAGCGUCACGGAUGCACGGCUCGUCGGUGAAAUUCUGGCACAAGGCGCAACGAGGGGCUUCGUCUCACCAGACGUCUUCGAGGCUGGAUUCGCGCCGACUAUGGACAUUCUUGACAUCCUCGUGUCCCGUACACCGAAUGCCGCGAGCCUGGUCGCUAUCAUGUUGAAGGGUCUGCGUCUCGACAAGGAUCGUUUGGGUGGACUGCUGUACAAGGCAAAGGGGGAUGAACUUCAGAUACUUCACGGUCUUCUGUUAUAGACGUUGGCUCUCGGCUUAGGUCUCAUGACACACCAUUGUUUCCUGUGUAACUAUGUGGUGACUCAUCAUCUUCUGAGCAGAUAUGUACGUGACACUAUGUCAGAGAAAUUUCAGGAUAAUCGCCUCCAAGCCGUUU